AUGGAGAGCACUCACAAGAACUUGCAUCUCUAUAGCUGGAUCAGUGAGAGGAGCUGUGUGAGUCCAUCCCUCUUUGACAGCAGGGGCCCAGCCUCCCCUUCUCAGACCCCUCUGAAGCACCAACAAGGAUUCAUCUCAAAUGAGGACGGUCUAGCUGAAACACUGAAGCUGGGUCAAGCAGACAAUUUCAGCCUUGCAGACUUUAAACAAGCCCUGAAAGUGUUGGAGGACUCUCCUGAGAGUCACCUGCUGACAGAGUUGUUAUUAUUGUGUUUGGAGUGCCAGGAGUUCAUGAGCAUGGGCAACCAACAAGGGAUAAAGGUGAAUUCGAACUUUUCCUUCUCUGAGAAUAGGGAUACUUUGACCAAAUCUCCAAGGACGCAGCUCUUUCUGAAGAGAAGAAGAGGAUUGGAUGACACUUUUAAGCAAAACGUUAAGACGGCAUCCCCGACUCCAAGGGUGCCUCUGAAGGCAAGGAGGCUGAUGAAGCUUCAUUUGAGAGGUUCUCCUACUUUUGGGGAGUGGGAUUUGAAAGAAGACAAAUCAGCCUUUCACACUCCAGCUUUAAGAAGAAAGAGAUUUGUGGAAAAAGGAAGUGUUUUACCUUCAGGAGUGAGGGAUUUAUUCCCACAGGAGCUGGAGCCAGCCUGGAGGAUAAGGCAGCCUGACACCACAACCUCAGAUUUUCACUGCUCUGCCGGCAAAAGAGGUAUUUACUUUCCCCCAGAGAGUGUGUCAGAGAAGGAGGAUUGUGUCUCCCAUGAGUCAGAUAGAGGUUUGUCUGAAUAUGAUAACGAUAGAUGUUUCUCUUUUACGGGUUUUGGGCUGAAAAGAAAGACAGAAGUUGGUAUCAAGGGUGCUCAAAAAACAAAUAUAAACCAGGAAGAGGUGGACACAUACGAGGGAAAUAGAGCAAAAGAUAUGAAGGAGAGGACUUUUCAUUGGAGGGAUGAGGAGACAGAGAAGGAGGCUGCAGCUCAGAGAGUGAUCAGCAAAAUAGAGGAGGUGGAAGGGAUCAUACAUCGAGUGAGUCACACCAGUUCAGACUGGAUCAAAGAUGGCAGCCCGAUCUCAGAUGGGUGUUUGGGUGAUGAGCGAAACAGAGGCCACACUGAGUCCGACUCCAAGCUGCAGAGACAGAACAAAGAGCACACUGAAGACAAGCCUGUGAUGGUGGAUGAGUUUCAAGCAUUAGGUGAAGCUUUAAGCCAGAGUCUGCGAGAAGUCCUGAAGAUGGAGGGAGCAAAAGCAGGAACCAACAAGAGUUUUCAAAAAACAAAUCAUGUAGGAUCAUCAAGAAGGUAUCUCCACCUAUCACAUCUGCCCUCUUUCACUCCCCCGGAGAGGAAUACCUCUGCUUCACCCAUUCUCUUAGCAGUUGGAGAAACCUCCCCUGCUCCUACACAGUUUCCAUCACCAGUCCGGGAUGCUUCUCCAAGAACCUUUACCAGCUUUAAGGACAUGUCUCCCAUCCUGUCACCUCUAUUCACAUCAAGGCAGCACUCUCCACCUCUGAGCCAGACUGACUGGCAUGAAAAAGACAGCUGGAGGUGCCCCAGAAAGUGUACAAGCUCAAGUGAGGAGGGUAAGAUCCCUCAGGGGUUUGGAGACUGUGGAGGAGCCAAAACAGACUCUUAUGGGGCAGAAAAUGACCAGAAAAAGAACAAGAAGCUGGAACAAAAUGAGGCGAUGUUAUUCAGAUGCAGCAGUCAGACAGAAAUCUGCCCAGAUCUGCUUUCUUCAGGUAAUUAUUUUAUUUUAUUUUUAUUUUUUAAAGGCUCACUACUUCGGUGUGUCUUGGAUUGUUGUUUCAUAUUCAGUAAAACAAACAUCAGUUUCACAUUCUUCUAAUGUAGUUUCCUUUCUUCUCACAUUCACAUCUGACUAUAACAUCUCAUUUCUCCCUCUAAACAACAACAAAAUAGUUCACAUCAAUCUUUUGUCAUCAUAGCACAGCAUAUAGACUGCUUCUUGUUGCAUUUAAGCGCUUUACUUUCCUUCACAUCACAUUGCACUGCAUCAUAUUGAAUCCUGUUAUAUCCUGGUAAAUAGUAGAUUAUUGUAUCCCAAUUGUACGGCAUCAUAUUGUAGCUGUUGUAUCCUAUAGUAUUGUGGAGUAACACAUGGAGUUACAUGGUAUUGUGUUGUAUUGUACCCUAUGGUAUUACAUCAUAACAUUUCAGAUCAUAUAAUAUUGUGUCUAUCAGACCAUGUUGUAUCGCACUAUAUCACAUGGUAGUGUAUAGAAUCAUAAUGUUUCACAACAAGCUGUGUCAUACUCUUUUGUGUCCAGUCCAGUCAUGUCAAAUAGUAUUGUAUGGCCUUGUAUCAUAUACAGUAAUAGUAUCAAAUUUUAUUGUAUCAAAUUUGAUCAUACAUUCAGUAAACUGAGCUAAACUGAUACAGAUACCCUAACUAAUAACAAUGUUGAUAAUAAUAAGAAUAAUUACAAUCAUAAUAAUAACACUAGAGUGUUAGCUGGGCUUGCAUACAAAAAAACUAAGUUCAAAGAGAAAAAAGACAUUUCUCAAUCAGGAUAGUGCAGUCCAGUCCUACCAUUUUGAACCCAUCCACAGACAGUCACAGGCUUAUAUAGUUGUUUGUGAGCAUUAUUACAGCAUAGUACAAUUAAAAACUCCAUCAUUGAAAUUUGAUAGAUUUCAUUGCUUUUGAUCCAGCUCAACUUUGCAAACAUGAUAAUCAAAAAUGGUGACGUGGAUUUGCUUGCACUCUGUACAAAGACGAACAGGGUAUUAGGGGUCAGGCUGUGAUUGUAAAUUUGCAGGGCUCCAUGGCAGAUACUUCUCCUGCCUGUGUCAUAUGUGUUUCAGUCAGUGUGUUAUAGACGGUGUAGGAAAACUGCUAACAAGAGAGACUUUAGCCAUCGUCAUGAGUGAAGGGGAUUGUGUGUGAAUGUGUGUGCACAGCAGUAUGACAUUGACUUUGUCUGGUUGGUCACUGAAGUGAAGAGAACAGGGAGAGCAGUUGGCUUUAAAGAUGAUACAUGCUGAGUCCUGACUGUCAGAUUUACACAUUGAUUAAGACGCUCUGUUUUUACUGCCCUGAACUCUGCCUGCUGGUGUCUGGUCUCAUCCCUCGCUCCAGUCUUACUCUCUCUCACACAGGCACACACACUUCAGACCCCAGCUGUUUAAGCAUACCUAAAGGUUGUGUGAUAGUCUGUAAAUAAUGACCCCUUGCCGGUUUGACAUACCACCGCAUCUAUGUUUGUGUGCAUGCCUCAGAGUGUGUACGUCUGUGUUUGUGGUCAUGUGAGUGUGUGUUUGAGUGUUUGUGUUCUCUCAGGCGUGAAUUACUACAGAGCACCUGAUGUUGAUACCCACAAAGUGCUGGAUAGGCACUGACCUGAAACAGCCAGAGUUUCUUUUAUAGAGCAGGAACUCAGUCUGCAUAUGUGUCUGAGUGUGUAUGCAUACACCCAUGGGACCAAAAGAAGGUGAUGCAAUGACUUCCACUACAGAGUAGGGGUGGAAGAAAAGAAUCAAUACAGCAUAGUAUUGUAAUAUUUUGUCUGGUGAUAUGUCAUAAUAGUCUCAUUUACCAAGUAUCAUUUUUUUCAAAUUAAAGGUGGGGUAGGCAGGAUCUGAGGAAGUGCCAGUUUGUAUGUAAACUGUAUUUGUUUGAAUGUAAACACUACGCCUCCCAACCAGUUUUCCCCUCAGCUCCUCCUCUCUCCUCCCUCUCUGCUCCAGCAAGCCCCGCCUACAAACAGACGCUCCUGCUCACUUGUAUUUUUUCAGUUAAAUUCGGAUAUAAUGCAGAUAAAUUCUUCAGAUGAUUACAAAUGGGGCCCAGUCAACAUGAAAGUAAAAACUACUGUAGACGCCAACAGACUACUAGCAAACACAAUGUUUGCAGGACUUCUACAACUAGCAUAAAGUGACACUCCAGGACCCAAGCUAAACAGUUUAGCAGCUCUACAACACGCAGCAGGUCCCGUUUGGCAAGAAACACUUAUAUUACAGACACUUGGCUUACUUCAUUUAAGCGGUUUACCUGUCCAGGAGAAAGGUUACUGGGUCUGUAAGAUCCCGAAGUGUCCAUUAUCGACCCGGCUUUUUAGCUCUUAGCUCUACUUUCUUUGCUUUUUACUUUUACUUUUCUUUGUUGCUUUUUACUGUCUGUCUUGUGAACGUUAUACAAGGACGUGGAGCAUGCCUCACAACCAAUCAGCGCUAAGGAGCAGCGUCCGCCUCUCGACCAAUCAGGUUGGGGGAGGCGGAGAAUGGCUUUGUUUACAGUCAGAAAGAGUGGGCUGCUCAAAAAUGUAAAAUGUUGACUGCACAGACAUUACAAAACACAGUGAUAUCAUUAUAUUACCAAAUGUCAUUAAUAGCUAAUAGCUAUUGGCUGAUAUUAAAAGCUUUUUUGUAUAUACACAACAAAAAAAGAUGCUUCUUUUACGGAAUCCUGCCUUCCCCACCUUUAAUUGCUAAUAUGAAGUCAAAUCUAUGAUAAUGGAAAAAUUAAAUCAAUUGUUUGCUCAGUGAGUUUGGCAGAAGUGACAUCAUAGAGCAGAGUUCAUAGAUCAAAGUUUGUGCAACAAAUAUGGCAGAACCUGGGGAGGGACAUUAGGAAUGCAAGCAGGGCACAAAUGAGAUGGACAUGACACAUAAGGUUUGCAAGAUGUGCUACAUGAAAAUAAAAUACAGUGUAAAUAAGACAAACAUAAAGGAAAGACAAAUGCUAAAUUGGCUAACAGUUGAAAAAAAUUGUAUAAAUCGCAAUAUAUUGUAUUACAAUACUCACUGUAUUGCAAAAUGUUAAAAACCACAAAUAUAUCGUAUUGUGGCCCAAGUAUCGUGAUAAAAUCAUAUCGUGGGGCCAGUGGUGAUUCCCACCCCUACUACAGAGUCAUGUCUGUUUUAAAUGUACUAAGCUCAUAAUUCGUUUUUCUUUUUUUUUUUUUGCUGAAUUGGACUUCUCUCCUUGUCUGCGGAUACAUGCAGCUGAGAAAAUCGAAUUAUUGACGUGGAUGUGUCCUCCUCCCCAAAACUAGGGGACGAUAUGGGUCUUUUCAGAGGCGCUGUUUCCGGAGCUUUUUUAAAGAUGUCUCCGUUCCUCGUUUUUCGACCAUCCAUAUACUUUAAAAUGUCAAUUUCUGUCAGGACGGAAAGCAUAACGGCACUGUCCUCGUUGUUCCAAAAGUGGACAUUCUUUCAUGCUUCAGCCAUGUUGCAGUUUCUUCUGAGUCAAAAGUUCUUUAAAUGAUAGUGCCACUUCUUCACUGGUGUUUUUGUUUCAGGGCUACAGAGGCGUGGUGCACAUGCACAUGCAUUGUCUGAUCAUACUUCGACUACACUGGUUACAUGGUAGAGAAAAUUGAAAUUCCAAUAGCAUUAUCUAGGUGUCUUAACCGAAGUUCUCCGACUCCAAUAGGAGUUCUCAAACUCCCAUUAUAGUUGAACUAAGGUGUUUACAUGCACUUCAGUUGUCCUAGUCUUAAUCGGAGUAAGGCAAUAAUUCAUUUUUCUUGAGUGUCAUGUAAAUGUACUGAGUGUUCAUGUAUGACACUAGUUUGAUCUGAUUUAACAUGUAGUCAAAUCAGCUUUGUGAUCAGAAAAGCUCUUAAAGCCUCGGUGAUAUCUGAAAAAAGGACUGUUUGCCACAUCUUUAAAAACAAAUAAUUCUCUGAGUUCUCCAUUCAGUGAGAUCAGAGCAGAGUCUGACGUCUCCUCCUCAUUUUUCAGGAGUGGAAAGCUCAACCAGGCCAUGUUGCGAGACCCCUCACUGUCUCAAAUAGGAUUAAGGCUUUGUGCUCUGUGAAUUUAACACAUCUUCAGAGGAUGAUGAUUAGAGCGAGAGCAACAAAGACAAUCAAAGCCCUCUGAGGGGAACUGUCUAAACCUGAGUCGAACUCACUGUGGUCAAAGCGAGGACAGAUAACACAUUUCCAUAGGCUGAAUAAUCUGGCUUUGAGGAGGUGGAUGGGCCUGCUCAAAGUUGCACAAACAUCAAUGUUUGUUUCCCCAUCUGAAAUUAUAUGGAUCAGCUGUAAAGAGCUUCUCUUGUGUAAUAAAAGACUUUAGAAAUAAAAGAAAACAGUCCUCUCUUCAAGGUCAAGCUAUAAUAAUCAGCUGAUUUUAUUUGAAGCUUAGCAAUAAUCAUGGGACUGAAGCCACUGUAAAUUAUGAUUUUAUUUUUGAUUGGAUACUUACUAAAGCAGCAAAUUGAUUUGAAAAGAAAAGAAAACCCUGGAAACUCCCUUAACCAGUCACAAAUUGUCAAUAUAAAGAUCACCACAGAGAAGAUCUCUACGUAUAUGCAUGGGUUUUAAUUCAUAUCCCAAAAAUCAAAACACAUACAUCUUUCUAGCCCUAACUAAAACUCAACACAAAUCUUGUCAUCCUAGCAAAAAUCCCAACACAAACUUAGUAGAUUUGGCCCAAAAGAAAUCAAAACCAAGAGAAUUGUCCUCCAAAGAGUUCAGUUCCCUUUUCAGUGUCUGAGUUCUGUUUAAAGUAGAGGGUAAAGAUCCGAAGAUAGUGGCCCCCAUCCAACCACAGAGGCCCAAAAAUAGACCUCCAAAACGGAAUAAUCCAGCAAAACUGAAACGAUGGAAACGCAUUGUUUAAAAAAAAAUACCAAAAAAAAAAAAAUCUGGAGAUGGAAGACUCACCGAUCCAAUGCUUCCUCUUCCUCUUUGUGUUUAUGCCUACAGAUGUCUUUUUUUUUUCUAUGGUGAUUUUAUACCGUCACAGAUUUUUUUUUUUUUAAUAUUUUGCCACAACAGAUAAAAAAUGAUUGUGUGAUUAGCUUGCAAAAUUCCAGAAGUCCACUGCAUAUUAAUUAAGUAGGAAUGAAAAUGGAACACACCAAAGUAAGUUUUUUUUAUUUUUGGUUUUUGAUGAUUUCAAACAGUUUAAAGAAGUUUACAUUUUAUAAAAUAUGCAAGUGCAAAAGUAGAAAAUCAAAACACCUAGCAAAUUCACACCAUGCAUUUUUUUUCAACACUACAAAAGCUGUCACAUGAACAAAUAGUCUACCAGCACAAGAAAUCUCAUGUUACUGUUUUUUUCAUUUAGUUUCUGUACAAAAACUAAAAGAAAAAACAGUAACAUGAGAAUUACUGGACUGACUGAAACGGCUAAGUUUCCCAUUAACUGGUUGUUAAGUGCCGCUAAUCAAAGAAAUUCUCGGGAUAUGCUGGUCGUUGAUUAGGUUUUUCAUGCAGUGAUAGUAAUGCAUUAAUGAGAACAUCUUAAAAGGAGUUAGGCUGCAAACUCUACUUGUUGUGUCUAUUUUACUCUUCAGAUCGCAUUUGCUGUGUUUUAGCUCUGCAGAGCAAAGAUUGCAAAUUGUAAGUCUUUGUAAGGAGUUUAUAGUUGGUUGUGAAACACAUUAAAAUUGAUAGUGAUGCCUUUUAAUGGCCUACAAAGGAAAUGGAGCCAUCAGCAACACAAUGAAAAAGUGUAUAAAGUUUAUGCAGACUAAAGGAAGAGACUUUCCACAUUCAUUUUUAACAAGGAAAAACUCAGAAUAAGGGUUGUGUAAGUAAAAAAUAAUGUAAUUUUUCUUUCAAACGGUAAGAUGUACAGUACAAGAACUGUAUUAUAUAUGUAUAUAUGAUAUAAUUUAUGAUUUUUCACUUACUAUGAUAUAUUACUAUGAGAAAUGCAAAAAAGCCUGGUGUCUGUGCUGUAAAUGUCCUCAUCUCACUCUGACCCUAGAGAGGGGAUAAUUAGUUAGUGGUUAUGUGAAACUGAACCCCAACAGGGAUAAUGAAAACCCUGUCACCAAGGCUAAUAGAAAAUGAUUUUUCUUUAACGCAAUUAAGGAAGUAGACCCUCAGUGUUUGAUCAUUGGUAGUUCUUUCAUGGUAAUGGUUUUCUUAUCCUCUUUUUCAUUAGUCAUAUUUUGCUGAAGUUCUGCAUUAUUUCCUCAUGGUGACACCAGAGCACAACAUAGAGGCUUUGCUGCAGGGCUGGAGGAUUCUGUUAAAGAUCUCUGUGAUGAUUUAUGAAGCACCCAGUUGUCUUAAGAUUACACCUGUGAACAACAUCACGUAGAGCGCUUUAAUGAUAGUGAAUGUUUACUGUGGAAAUCAUUCCUGCAUUCUCAUAUUUUAUAUUUCUGUUCCUAUUUGGUAUUAAAAUCAUGUUACUGUCACAAUCAGAUGUACAGAAGAUAAUUCUGGGAAGUUUCUGCUCUGGAAGAAACUCUGAUGUUCAUUCCUCUGCAGUGUAAGCUUCCCUCAGUGAUAAUAGCCGCUUUCUGUCUGACUGUUUUCUCCAGAUGAGGCCUUGCAGAGGCAGGAGGAGCUCUGGCAGCAGGAGGUGGAGGAGUCUCUGUCGUUCUGCAGCUCGCUCUCUCACCCCUCCAGACCCAAACACAUCGACUUCCUACGCAUCACUCCCCCUGAAGAUGACAUCAUCGAUACUCCAACAACCACACCUCUACCGGAGUUUCAGGUGAGUGGCUAAAAGAUCUGAUGCAGGGGCCUCACUCUUUGAUAGUGGAGGAACUGUCAUCACAAACACUAAAGCUAUGUUGUUUAGAGAGGUUAAGCAUUGUCAUUGUUACUGCACCACAUCCUUUGCUGAGUCAUCACUUUGUUUUUGUUUUGGGUGAAGUUUUAUCUUUGUUGUCUUUAAUAAUCCUUUUUAUUAUCUUGCACUUACGUCAUGUGACGUGUAGCAGGUCACAUGAGUUAUCAAAUGACCUCACAUGACACGUGUAUUAAUAGUUAAUCCACCUCAGAAUUCAUAUGCCAGUCUACAGAUAAAACUUGCACAAAAAUGUUAGUGUGACUGGAUCUAUGACACAAACAAGACUUAAAGGGAUAUUCUGGCGUAAAUUUCAGUUAUGGUCAAACACACCAUAACACUGAGUUAGACACGUGCGAUUGUUGCGGUCGUUGCUGAAGUUGAUAUAACUAGAGAAGCAAGCAGUAGGCAACAUUCAUCUCUCAAGGGAGGUGUCUAACUCUGUGUCACAAUGUGUUUGACCAAUAUAAAUUUAUGCCAGAAUAUCUCUUUAAGCAUCACUAAAAACUGGUAAAAGUGCAGCUGUGUUACUGCUGAUGCAGGCAGCCUUAUCUUAAAUUUCAAGCUGUGGACGACUAAACUUUCGUCCAAGUGUCUGAGUCGAAUUAAUACAUAAGGGGGUAUUCACCUAGAAGCUGUGUCCAAAUUCAGGGGCUGCAGCUUUCAAGAUUGAGUUAGAAAACCAGAUUCAUCACAACAGUGUGUCAAAGACUGCCCCGGUCCAGAGGAUCCUCAAAGAGCAGCCAACUAAUCAGUCCUACUUUUCCCAGACAGCGAAAGCUGCGUCAGGUGUACCCUUUGCAGCCCCACUUAUCCAGUGCAAGCUGGUUAGCCAGUUGGCCCUUGUUACUAAGUGAUGUCAUUGUCAGUUUAGUGAUGUAAACAUGCAGGUCUCCAAAAGCUCAGCUAAAUUUCAUUUGACCAGCCUCUGCAGGGCACCACAGCCAAGUUCUGCAAAAGCUGGGUACUUUAAAGGCUUCACCCCCCUGAUAGGAACAUAGCUUGAACCUCCAGUCACCGUCCUAGCAGGAAACUUGUUUUAUGGGAAUUGUAUUGAUAAUAGUAACAGUGGUAAUUUUUUGUUUUGUAUUCUCCUUUUUGAUAAUUCCUUUUAACAUAUCUGUUUGUUAUGGCAGUGUUACAAAUAGGAUCAGUGGUUAAAACUCAAUCAUAAAUAAAUCAAUGUAACUUGAAGUCACAGCAUUAACUUGUUCUUUAUAUCAACUUUUAAGAAUCCAGCAUAUUUAGCCAGAUCUUUUCAUUUUAUUCUGAUUCUCUUCUCUGGUACCUUUUUUACUGAGCUAUGCCCAUCAUAAGAAACAUUGAUGCCAUAAACUAAAGUAGAGACAGACUCCUUUUAGCUGGAAACUUCAUCCGUUAUAUGUAUAAGACACGACUCGUGCAUGAUUUGACUUAAAAAAGCUGAUAUGACAGACAUCUAGCAAAACAAAAUUUGCUCUUCCCCACUUAAAUGUUAAACAUUUCUCAAGCUCAACAAGGACAGUCAGGCGAUCGUAGGUCUGAACUUUUCUUAGCUGCACUUUUGUUUGUGUUACUGUAUUUUUUCAAUAAGGCUGUCUUUCAGAGAGAGAGAAAUACAAAUAAUAUUUAACCACCUGUGGCUGCAUGCAUAAAGUAAUUGUGUCAAUAGUGCUGCAUCAUCAUGAUGUUAACCUACAUUUACACAGCACAGUGAAGUCUGUAGCUCUUAAAGGCCACAGCUUCUCUCUCCUGUUCAUGCAGGUUCAACCAAUGACCUCAGAUGUUGAUGUGUGA